AUGUGUACAUUCAAAGCUAGUCAUGACAUGCAUUUUAUUAUGAAUGUCAGUUUAAUUGCAAUGGCAAGACUGCAUCAUAAAUGUCGAUAUACUGGCAAACCGUAUCUGCGUAGUAAUGUGUAUCGUGUAGAAGUACCCGAUGACAAAAUCACAUGGCAGAUCUGUUGGCCUGAGUAUUCUCCGACUGAUUACACCAGUUUAGCAGCGAUCAACAAACCUUGGGCAGACUCUGGUGAUUGUCAAAAUCAUGGCAAGUUUAAGUGGAAUGACAUCGAUGGCCUAGUCGAUCGACAUUCUCAUUUGGGAAUAUAUGCUUUGGACGAAACCGGUCGACCACUAAAUCCUAUUGGACGAACAGGAUUGCGAGGACGUGGUGUUUUAGGUAGAUGGGGACCAAACCAUGCUGCUGAUCCUAUAGUAAGUCGAAUCUGUCACGGAGAAUUACAAUUUGUUGGAAUUGCUCGACGUGAUACUGGUGAAUGGGCGAUUCCAGGAGGAAUGGUGGAUACUGGCGAAAGUUUAAAAAAUGCUUUGAAAAGGGAAUUUAAAGAAGAAGCACUGGGUGGAAAAGACUAUCCUGAAUUGGACAAGCUUUGGUGUCAGGGUGUAGAGUUAUACCGUGGUUACGUAGAUGACCCGAGAAAUACUGAUAAUGCUUGGAUAGAAACUGUCGUUGUGAAUUACCAUGACUCAGAGGGAUACCUUAAUAAUAUUGUGUUAAAAGCAGGUGAUGAUGCAGCAAAUUUGCGCUGGAUUAAUGCUUCCAGUAGAGAAAAUCUGUACGCUUCUCAUGCAGAUUUCGUAGAACUGCUUGCGAAGCACCACAAUUUAAGACCUGGACCGCCAUCCAUAGAUGGCUUAUAUUCUCUCAAGAUUGAUAAUAUAUCAUAUCAAACAGCUCCUCAGGAUUUACGCCGUUUAUUUGAAAAAUAUGGUGAAAUAGGUGAUAUUCACAUUCCGCGUGAUCGUUACACCAAACAAAGUAAAGGAUUUGGUUUUGUUCGCUUCUAUAGUCGACGAGAUGCGGAAUAUGCAAUGGAUCGAAUGGAUGGGCGGUGGGUAGAUGGUCGUGAAAUACGUGUUGCCAUGGCACGUUAUGAACGUCCGAUAGAUGAACGUAGUCGAAAUGGCGGUAGUUACAGACGACGUUCGCGAUCCCGUUCACCACGUCGUCGGCGUUCUUCGUCGCGAAGUCGUAGUGGCUCUCGUUACCAUGACCGACGAUCGGUUUCUCGUGGGCGUAGCGGUACGAGAGACAGAUCACCGGUAUCUCGUCGAUCAGCAAAUUCAGACAGCUCACCUCCUAGACAUAUAUCUCGAACUCCUCCACCUCGUGAUUCUCGCAGUCCGACAAGUCGUGAUAGAGGAACAACUAAUAUUGCGACAAACGGGAAGAACACUAGCUAUUGA